AUGGCUGGGGUGGUUUUUGUGGUUGACCUUGAUAGGAUCAACGAUUUUGGUGGCUUAGUCGGUGGUGGGGGUUGCUGCCAGGGGAAGGGAAAAUGGAGUAGGUGGCUGGUUGGUGGUGGGGGUGGUGGUUUGGGUGGUGGUGGGGAUGGUGGAAUGUCUUCUAGUUCCUCUGCUUCAUGCAAUGUCAGUGGUAGUAGUAAUUCAUUUGAGUCUAUGAAAGACCCCUACCCUUUGUGGAAGUUUGUUGUUAAGGGUGAACAAGGGAAAGGGAUUCAAACUUGUAAUAAAGUGAAAAUUGAUGACCUUGCUAAACUAAGAAAGCUUCAUCGUGAAUCCGAGGAUUAUAAAAAAUCUUUGUUACCAAAAGUUCCACCUUUUUCAAAUGAACGCAUAUCUUCUCACACAUCAACUAAAGCUACAUCAGUGAGACUAGGUUCAGCUGAUAAUGUAAAGAAGAGGAAAUCAAACAAUACAAUUCCCGAUGCUUUUAAUAUGAAAUCUCUUGACAAAUUGGAUUCUGAAAUUGCUAGGAUGUUUUACACAGGGGGGUUGCCUUUUAAUCUUGCUAGAAACCCUUACUAUGUUAGUUCAUAUACAAUUGCUGCCAAUUCUAAUCUCUCUGGUUAUAAGCCUCCUGGAUACAACAAACUUAGAACAACUUUGCUUUGUAAAGAGACAGAAAAUGUGGAUAGGUUAUUACAACCUAUUAAAGCCGCAUGGAAAACAAAAGGUGUUAGCAUUGUUAGUGAUGGGUGGAGUGAUCCACAAAGAAGGCCUUUGAUUAACAUUAUGAUUGCUUCUGAAACGGGUCCUAUGUUUAUGAAAGCUAUUGAUUGCUCGGGUGAGAUUAAGGACAUAGAUUUCAUUGCUACCUUAUUAAGUGAGGUGAUUGAUGAAAUUGGAGAUCAAAAUGUUGUUCAAAUAAUCACAGAUAAUGCAAGUAAUUGUAAGGCUGCAGAGGAAUUGGCUGAGGGUAGGUAUCCUUAUAUAUAUUGGACACCAUGUGUUGUUCAUACACUUAAUCUUGCAAUGACAAGCAUUUGUGCAGCUAAGAAUGUGUUGAAUAAUGUUGAAGUAUAUGAUGAAUGUCAUUGGAUAAUAGAAGUUCAUGCAGAUGCCUUGUUCAUUAAAAAUUACAUAAUGAAUCAUUCGAUGAGGCUUUCAAUGUUCAAUAAGUUUUCUCCAUUAAAACUACUUUGCAUUGGCAAUACUCGUUUUGCUUCAAUUGUGUGCAUGCUUAAAAGGUUUAAACUCCUUAAAACAUCACUUCAAUCAAUGGUUAUUAGUGAGAAUUGGUCCUUAUACAAGGAUGAUCAACGCGGGCAAGCCUCACAUGUAAGGGAAAAGAUUUUGGAUGAAAUAUGGUGGGAAAAAGUUGAUUACAUUCUUGAUUUCACAUGCCCAAUCUAUGAUAUGAUUAGGCUUUGUGACACCGACAAAUUUUUCUUGCAUUUGGUUUAUGAAAGAUGGGAAAUUAUGGUUCAAAAGGUGAAAGAUGCCAUCUUCAAGAAAGAGGGUAAACUAGAUUAUGAAGAAUCUACCUUCUUUAACGUAGUUAAAGGGAUUCUUAGUAGUCGUUGGAGUAAGGGUAGUACUCCACCCAUUCAUUAG